AUGAUUGUUGGCAUAUCAGUUUGAAUACGACAUGCUUCAAUGAAAUCUGUUGUAUUUGUGUAUAAAGCAAUUGACUAUUUGAUUUUUAUAUCGCGAACAAGCAUACGGUCGCUUAAAGAGGACAUAAAUGUGACUAAAGCAAUGGACUGCGUUUCGAAGGUUCAACUUCAUAUAUCCUGCGAAGGACUAAAAGAUAAAGAUGUCUUGUCAAAAUCCGAUCCAAUUUGUGCUGUAAAAAUCUGGGAUGAGGGAGGCAAACAAUGGCAAGAGUUUGCCCGCACGGAAAAAAUCAUGAACAAUUUGAAUCCCAAAUUCACAAAACCAAUCAAUGUUGAUUACCAGUUUGAGAGGGUGCAGAAACUGCUGUUCUCAGUGUUUGAUAUUGAUAAUGAGACAAGUCAACUGGAUGAUGAUGACUUUUUGGGUCAAAUGGAAUGCAAUCUUGGCCAGAUUGUUUCCAGUGUUCGUUACACGCAACCUUUGAAGUUCAAGAACGGUCAGGUUUAUGGAAAGAUAACUGUAACUGCUGAAGAAAUUUCCCAAGGAAAUGACAAAGUCAGUUUGACAUUCAGAGCUCAAAAACUGGAUAAGAAGGAUUUCUUGGGCAAGUCUGACCCAUAUUUGAUCAUAUCAAGACAGUUACCUGAUGGAAGUUUUGCACCUGUGCACAAAACCGAGAUUAUAAAAAAUACCCUUAAUCCAUCCUGGUCACCAUUUGAAUUAGCUGUGAACACACUGUGUAAUGGAGAUUACAACAGAACUAUUAAAUUUGAUUGUUAUGAUUGGGACAGUGACGGUAGUGACGACUUCAUUGGCACAUUUACAACUACGUUCAAUGAAAUGCUAAAAGCAAAUGAAAGAGAGGUCUCUUGGCCUUGCAUAAACCCGAAGAAACAGAAGAAGAAGGGUUAUAAUGACUCUGGAACUAUUUAUCUUAGUAAUUGCAUGUUAACGCACGUGUAUUCAUUUCUGGAUUUCAUCAUGGGAGGAUGCCAGAUCAAUUUUACCGUCGGUAUAGACUUCACAGCGUCAAACGGUCACCCGGCUCAGCCCACAUCGCUACAUUUUAUCAACCCGUACCAACCAAACGAAUACAUGAAAGCAUUGACUGCCGUUGGGGAGAUCUGUCAAGACUACGACACCGACAAGCUGUUCCCAGCGUUUGGAUUUGGUGCGAAACUACCUCCAGACAUGCAGGUGUCGCAUGAAUUUGCUUUAAAUUUCAACCCCAGCAAUCCAUAUUGUGAAGGUAUUCAAGGAGUUGUUGCAGCCUAUCAGAACGCCAUUAGUCAAGUUCAUUUAUACGGUCCAACUAAUGUGUCACCAAUCAUAAAUCAUGUCGCAAAAUUCGCAGAAGAAGCCGCACAAGAAAACAGGGCAUCGCAAUAUUUUGUUCUUCUACUCCUGACAGAUGGUGUCUUAUCAGAUAUGUCACUAACAAUUGAUGCUAUCGUUAGAGCUUCUCAUUAUCCGCUCUCAAUCAUUAUAGUGGGCGUAGGAGCCGCUGACUUCACUGAUAUGAACACACUGGACUGUGAUGAUGGCAGGCUGAAGUCUCGUAGUGGUGUUGCUGCAAGAGAUAUUGUUCAAUUUGUGCCAUUUCGCGACUUCGUCAAUAAACCGCCAUGGGCGUUGGCUCAAUCAGUUUUAGCCGAGGUACCGAGCCAAGUCGCCGAAUAUUUUUCGAUGAAGAAAUUAUCACCACUCGCUAGACCGCCACAAUCCUAGGGUAUGAAUUAGAUUUUUUUUAAAUAAAAGCAUACACUCAUAACGAAUAACCAAUAAUGCGUCUUACAUGAAGUUAGCCUUGUUGACCUAAAUUGCUGGGCAAACACAAUCAAGUCAGUGACAAUGGCAGCCAUUAUGGUAAAAAUAUCAAAUAUGGGUUAAUAAUAACGACACUGACACACUUGUAUCUAAUUAAUUUAAUACGCUAAUCAAUUCACAAUGAUAAUGAUUAAAAUUUAUUUAUGUAAUAUGUUUUGCGAGUUAAUUAUAUACUAACUAGAGCUUUCAAUUUAUAGAAAAUAUUAUUAUUGGUUGCUUUUUAAAUUCAAUUUUCAUACCAAAGUCUUAAUACCCAGACGUACAAGUGAACCUUCUGUGUAUAUAUUUU